AUGGAUAACUAUGGCAACUAUGAGACGCCGAUACCAAUACAAAGGAUAAAUGAUUAUUAUUCGAGCCUGCGAUGGAGAAAUCAAUUCUCCUACAUGGAAAGAUUACCACAACAUCUUAAAGAAAAAGUCGACUCACAAGAUCCAGUUCUACAGAGGUAUAGACUACAAAUAUCAGAAGGUAACGAUACUACUUCACAGGAUCUGGCCAAGGUUGAUAGCAGUAGUACUAAAAUAAAUGCUACUCUGGAGAAGACGUUUGGAAACUCAAUGGAGGAUUCAAUAUUGGGAAGGCAUCAACAGUAUAUAUCUCAACGACCGGAAUGGCAUGCUCCAUGGAAAUUGAAGCGUGUUAUAAAUGGUCAUUUGGGAUGGGUGAGAUGCGUAGCGGUGGAUCCAAUAGAUAAUGAAUGGUUUGUUACAGGAAGUAAUGAUGCAACGAUUAAAAUUUGGGAUCUAGCUAAGGGCCAUUUAAAACUCACUUUAGCAGGCCAUGCAAUGACUGUGAGAGAUAUCGCAAUUUCAGAAAGACAUCCAUAUAUGUUCUCUGCAAGUGAAGAUAAGCUUGUGAAAUGUUGGGAUUUGGAGAAGAAUACUGCUAUAAGAGACUAUCAUGGACAUUUGUCGGGAGUGCAUUCAGUGGAUAUACACCCAACUUUGGAUUUAAUAGCUACUGCAGGUAGAGAUAGCGUUGUAAGACUGUGGGAUAUAAGAGCACGAGUAUCUGUAAUGACUCUUAUUGGACAUAAAAGUCCAAUCAAUAAAGUGCAUUGUUUACCGGUGGAUCCUCAAAUAGUUAGUUGUUCUACCGAUGCAACAAUAAGACUAUGGGAUAUUAUAGCAGGCAAAUCACGAAAGGUGCUAACCCAUCAUAAGAAAUCAGUAAGAGAUAUGAGUUUCCAUCCCAGAGAAUUUUCAAUGGUAUCGGCCUCUACAGAUGAUAUCAGAUCAUGGAGAUUACCAGAGGGUGCAUUGUUAACAAAUUUCAAUUCCGAAAAGUCAGGCAUCAUAAAUUCUUUGAGUGUCAAUCAAGAUAAUGUGUUGUGUGCUGGAGGAGAUAAUGGUACGUUAUCGUUUUAUGAUUAUAAAUCUGGUCAUAAGUAUCAAACAUUGGCUACUAAGGAAAUACCCGGGUCAUUGGGAAGUGAGCGUGGUAUUCUUUGUAGCACGUUUGAUCAAACCGGUCUAAGGUUGAUAACCGGUGAAACUGAUAAGAGUAUUAAGAUAUGGCAUCAAGACGACAUCGCAACUCCAGAAACUAAUCCUGGCUUGCCUUGGAACCCCAAAUUGUCUUCUCAACGAUUUUAG